UUUCUCAGGCCUCAGUGCUGAGAGGGAGGGGCGGGGUUCCGCCGGCACAGCCUGUCAUCCAAACCAACAAUUCCUAAACGAGCCAUUCCAGCCUGUGUUCCAAGCCGAGCCAUUCCAGUGGGUGUUCCAAGCCGAGCCAUUCCAGUGGGUGUUCCAAGCCCAGCCAUACCAGGACCAGGCGGCUGGGAACGAAGAGUCUAUCGGUGUGGAGGAGCCCAACCCGGACUUAGUUUUCAACAGGAAUGUACUGGAGGCAGGAAAGUUUACGGAGCGGAGACGGAGUGUGUCGAGGUGGCUUCGCGUUGAUUUACAACUCUAUCGUUCUGUAGAAAGAUCCUCCGGAAGGAACCGCCCUAGAGAUCAGUCUGAUCGCUGGACAUCAUGACAGCAAAGCCCAGCAGGCCUCGUCACUAAGGACAUGAGCGGACUCACUAAGGAACCUCACUAAGGACAUGAGCAGACCUUCCUCCAGACGCCGUGGAGUGUUGAGGUUGUAGCCGAGUGUGGGCCUGUAUGCAGAACCCGGUCCCCCAGAACCCGGUCAUCCAGAAGAGCAACAGUCUGCAGACCAUGGGGCCGCCCCCCACCAGCGCCCCGCCCUGCAACCCCAUGCCCAAGAUGGGCGUCCGGGCCAGGGUGUCCGAAUGGCCUCAGCGUAAGGACGUCUGGGAUGCCCGACCCCCGCCGCGGUACGACAGCCUGCUGCCCAGCAUGCCGGACCACCUGCUGGGCCAGGACGCCCUCCUGGGGCGGGCGGGCCCCUACCCGCUGAGCGAGAUGCUCAGCCACGCCCCCAUGCGCAGCCUGGCCCGCAUCAAGCGGAGCAACAGCGAGGUCACCCUCAGUGACCUGGGGGCCGACGAGGACCAGGACUACUGCGGGGCCACGCUGCGCCGCGAGUACGGGAGCACCUCCUCGCUGGGGGGCCACUCCUCCCAGGACGUCCUCGGGCCCCUGGUGGCCCUCGGGCCCGACCGGGAGGCGCGGCAGGAGCAGCCCAGCGCCCCUCCCGGCGGCUUCCCGCCGCUGCUGUCGCCCAGCCUCCUCACCGCCGCCCAGAUCGCGCGGGGCGACUACGUGGACCCCUCGCUGCUCAUCUGCGCCCAGCGGGACCGCCCCGCCACGCAGCGGGGCAAGCAGGAGAAGGCGGAGACGUCCAUCUUCAAACGCCUCAAGAGCGUGAAGGCCGAGGCGCCGCCGGCGUCCCGGGAGGCCCCGGGGCCCCGCCACCUGACGGCCCCCACGUGUUUCUCCCACCACGACGUCCAGAGCCUGCUCUUCAGCCCCGGCCAGGCCGGGGGGAGCCGCGGUAACGCGAGGAGGAACAGCGGACCGGGGGACGCCGUGGCGUCGCGGGGCCUCGGCGCGGCGGCGGGGGGCGUGGCCGACCCCGCUGAGGGGUCAGCUGGUCAGCUGGUGUCCUGCUGGCCGGGCUACUGCCGGGAGACGGGGGAAGAGCGAGAGGGGGAGGGCGCUGGCAUGGACUCUAGCGCCAGCGUCCCCAACGCGGCCGUGUCGGUGCUGGAGGUCCCCAGGGGGCGGCCGGUGUUCCCCGGGGACCUGGAGAGCGGCUUUACCGUGGAGCACCUGGACCAAGGGGCUUUCUACUACAAGAAGUACUUCUACAACAGAGAGCACCAGAACUUCCUGGGGACGGACCAGUUCCUAGGGCCGGUGUCUCUCAGCGUGCGGAGGGAGAAGCUGGAGGAUGAUAGAGAUGGACCUCACUACAACUACCGGAUCAUCCUGAGGACCAGCCAGCCCAGUACCUUAAGAGGGUCCAUCAUGGAGGACUCUGUCCCCUCUUCCUCUAAACACGGGGGUCCCCGGGGGCUCCCCCUGAAGGAGGUGCUGGAUUACGUCCUCCCGGAGCUCAGCACUUCCUGUCUGCGUGUGGCUAGCUCCGCCCCCGCUGUCCCGGAGCUCCUCCUCCAACUGGACCAGCAGGGGGUGAGUCUACAGCACCAGGUGGGGGUGCUGCUCUGUAGGGGCGUCCCGGGCGGUGGCCAGACGGGGGACGGUGAUUGGUCCAGCCCAGCUCUGAAUAACUUCCUGGAUCUCCUGGGUCAGAAGAUUUCCCAGAACCCAGCCCAGCUGAGCGCCGAUGCGGGCUCGGCAGGAAGUCACUGUGUGUAUGCUACCUACAAAGACCACGAGGUCAUGUUCCACGUCUCAACGCCGACGUCCAGCAUAGCCAGUGACCCCCAGCAGCUGCUGAGGAACCAGCAGGGGCUGCAGCUGGUGUUCCAGGAGCCAGGGGCCCCUCCCUUCACCCCCAUCGGCCCCUCCCCCCAGGGGGUCUACCUGGUGGUCCGCGUUCACGGGCUCGGUACCGCCGAACUCUGCUACAGCGUUGCCGUGACGAGACCCCGAGACGUUCCCGCCUUCGGGCCGCCCCUGCCCCCGGGCGCCACCUUCCCCCACGGCCCCGCCCUCGGGGACUUCCUGCUCGCCAAGAUCGUCAACGGGCAGAACGCCGCGCGCAAGGCGGCCAGCUCCGCCCCCGCCGGCGCCCAGGAGCGCCACCUGGCCCUGCGCCAGCUGGUGGCCACCUGGCAGUCGGCCACGCCCCUCGACGGCCCCGCCCCCCGCUUCAGCUUCAUCACGCUGGGCGGGAAGAAGAAGGAGCGCUCCAGGCCCGCGGGCCAGGCCAACCUGCACGCCGCCGGGGGCGUGGCCUGGCCCGCGGCGGUGGCGGGCGUGGCCUGUCUCCUCGCCGUGUCCCAGGAGACGGUGGUGCUGGUGGAGGAGGACACGGGGGAGGUGGUGUUCAACUGCUCCUGCCGCGACGUGAUUGGCUGGAGUGUGGUGCGCGGCGAGGGGAAGCUCUACUACCAGAGAGGAGAGCGCGUGACGUUCAGCCUGCAGGACGAAGGGAGGGACCUCAGCCAGCGCCUCCAGCUGGUGACGCGGGGCUGCGUGGCGGUGGAGGCGGUCCUCAGGAGGAACUCUCUGGGCCAGCUGGGUUUCCACGUCAACGCGGAGGGCGCGGUGGCGGACCUGGAGCCCUACGGCUUCGCCUGGCAGACGGGGCUGCGUCCCGGCUGCCGCCUGGUGGAGAUCUGCAAGGUCGCCGUGGCAACGCUGGCCCACCACCAGAUGAUCGAGCUGCUGAGGACCCCGGGGCCCGUGGCCGUGGUCGUCAUAGCACCGCACGAGGACGGCUCUCCGCGCAGGAGUUUUACGGAGAUAUACCCGGGUCACUUCAGAACAACUGCCCAGCCGUGGCAGUCUGGCGUACCCGGGGCCCCGCCCCUCUCCAGGGCCUCGCCCAAUCAGGGCCCUAGCCCCCGGGCCUCGCCCAGUCAGGGCCCCAGCCCAUCCCAGAAGAUGUUCCACUAUGCUCCUGCAGGCUCCAUCUCGCGUAGCAGCUCCUUCGACCGGCCAGAGAACAGCAGGAUGCAACUGGGCUAUGCCGUGUCCCCGAGCGGAUCUCAGAGUCGGGGGGAGGGACUUGGCUUCUGCAACUCGCCCAGCAACCAAUCCACCACCAGCGAUCCAGGUCCGAACGGCACUUGGUCCCAGUGCAGCACCUACCGCAGCAGUCCUUCUCCUACCUUGGUCGCCCAUCCAGCUGGGGAUGAAGGAAGAGACCAGUCAAAACCGGACCAGAGAACCAGAUCCUCAGACGCCCAGGGCCGCCGCCCCUCCGCCAAGCUCCACAAGCUGCGUGAGCGGCCCCCAGUCAGGCCGGGAGCGCAGCCAGGAGCCAGGCUGGCCAGCAGCCGGACCACGGCAGUGAGGGGCAGCUCCAGUGUGUCCAGUACCAACACCAUGUCCAGCACGACCUCCAGUGCCUCCAGCGGUCCGGACCGGCCCUUCGGCUCCUCCGACCCGAUGGACCCCCAGGAGCUAGGCCUUACCUACAUCCAGGGGGCGUCGACCGACAGCGGCAUCGACACCCCCCCCGUGGCCACGCCCCCCACCCCGCAACUCUCCGUGGGUGAGGAGGAGGGGCGGUGCUUGGAAGGGUACUGCAAGGAGGCGGCUCCAGACAGGGUCGUGGCUCAGGGUGUUGCCCAGGCAACCGCCUCCGGACACCCUAGAGAUGGCAGCCUGGGGAACCUCAGCGAGAGCUCCUCCCAGUCCAGUGGUUCUCGGUGCUCCAAGAACUUCAGAGGGAUGAGAGGAAGCCCCGCCCCCUCCGCCACUGACGUUACCUCCCCUCUGAGCCGAGGGGCGGGGCCAACCACACAGGACCAUCUGAUUGGAUGGAAGAAGGCGGAGGGCUGCUCCGGCCCUGAGCGUCCUGACAGUGGAGCCGACGCCCUCCUCUACCUGCUGAACAGCCUCAGUCUGAGGUCCAGCCUGCAGCUCCAGUUGCAGCCCUACCCAGCCAGGGAGGCCUUCCUUCGGAUGAUAACGACCAACUCCUGCCCCGUUCCUGAAGACGAAGAUCAGUGUCUACUCUCAGCUGCGCCCCUGUUCCCAGCGUCUCCAUGGCGACCCCUCCAGCGCUCCACGUCGGAGGAAAGCCUCUGGAGCCACCAGAGGAGCAUGUCCUUGAUCAGCUCCCGUAGCUCGCUUGUGGAGGGCAGCACCCCUGCGGACACCAGCACCCUGCCGUACGGCAGCACCCUGCCCUACCGUAGCACCCUACCUUACGGCAGUACCCUGCCGUACCGCAGCACCCUGCCCUACCGCUGCACCCUACCCUACGGCAGCACCCUGCCCUACGGCAGCACCCUGCCGUGGGACAGCACCCUGGCCUGGGCCUCCCUACGCAAGACACGGCUGAGUUGCUCCGACGGAGCACUGGCGGAGCGGACCAAGCUGGCGGAGGUGGGGAGGGCCUGGUCCCAGCUGGUGACCGCAGCACAGGGCUCACCAGCGGACCAGUUUGGUGGGAGCUCCAUGUGUGACCUGGAUCAGGACCAGAAGCUGGGCCACCGGGUGGACACCCUGCAGGACAGUGACAAGUCUGCUGCCUUGCUCUCAGGUAAAGUCGGCCAAUUGGAGGAGGCUCUUCAUCAGCUGCAGCUGGACCUGAGGAAGGAGCAGGAGGACAAGCUGCUCCUGCAGCAGGAGGUGCAGCUCCUCCGUCACGACAACAUGCGCCUCCACCAGGAGAGUCUGAGUACUGCAGCUCAGUUCAGCAGAUACACACACUGGCUACUGCAGCCCCCCCAGCCC